AUGGUCGCUAGCAACACCAGCGCUACCGCCACCGAAAGAAAGGACUUGAACGAAACAGUUUUGCAAGCCAGAGCUAGAGGGACUCAAAAUGAAACCGAACCUGCUGUCAAAAACCAGAACAAAUGCGAGGAUCGUCCAGAAUGCCCCGCGCACAUUGCAAACGGAUUCUGCUAUCGUGAGGGUAUCACCUAUGAACAAAAGAAGACCUACUGCCCUCGGGGAUGUCGUUUGUGCGAUGAAUGA